UAGAAGUAAGGCUUAAAAACACUUUUCAACUCUGCUGACUCUCAUCCUCUCACUUGUAGCCCUAGUUUUCAACUGCCCUAUCUCUCUCUCUCUCUCUCUCUUUCUUUAAUUUAUUUGGAGUUUUCAUUUUUCAUUCUCAUUUCCACAGUUCUCUCAUACUUCACAUUUCUCUCAAUAUCUCUUUUUUUCCCCCUUCUGAUCGGAAAAAGUUACCGCCGGUUACCGUAAAUUAUGGAAUGGGCUACAGGAAGUUUCAGACCAUUCGUUUCUCGAGCUCCCGAAUCUUCGUUUGGGUUUCUUUAUAACUAUAAUCUUGAACAAUUUCAGGUUUCAGGCGUAGAUGUGAAGCAUUCGGCGAUGGCGGGGGCAUCGGAGACAGUGCUGCAAGGGUUGGUUCCAGGGAUGGAUAUGAACAGCUAUGGAAAUUUGGAGAAGAAGAAGCGGCUGAGCAGCGAGCAGCUUGAGUCACUCGAACGAAGCUUCCAGGAGGAGAUCAAGCUUGAUCCCGACCGGAAACAGAAGCUGUCAAAGGAACUCGGUCUGCAGCCUCGUCAGAUCGCUGUUUGGUUUCAGAACCGUCGUGCGAGGUGGAAGGCAAAGCAACUCGAGCAUCUCUAUGAUACUCUCAAACAGGAGUUUGAUGCCAUUUCUAGAGAGAAACAUAAGCUUCAAGAAGAGGUAAUGAAGCUGAAGAGCAUGCUGAGAGAGCUUCAAGCUGCAAGGAACCAAGUGUCAACGGUGUACACCGACUUGUCGGGCGAGGAGACAGUGGAAAGCACCUCGGUCGGAGCUGGCUGCUCGAGCAAGCCUAGACCAGUAGCUGCAGCAGCAGCCGUGGCAGCAGCAAAUCACUACACGACGCCACCAGAGCAAUGCAACUAUGUGUUUAACACUGAGGAGUACAACCCUAUGUCUCCAGCUUUCUGGGGCUCUCUCCCAUCCUCUUACCAUCCCCAGUAGACUUUGUGUGCUUUAAUUUGUCACUUUUGCCUUCUCUCUCUCUCUCUCUUUUUUAAAAUCAAGUUUUAAUGUCUCCCAACUUAGUUUCUUUCUUUAUUUCUUUCUUUCUUUCUUUCUUUCUUUCUUUCUUUCUUUCUUUUUUUUUUUUUUUUUUUUUUUUUUUUUGAAGAAAAAGUUAAGAUUGUGAAGUGAGAGCUUAAAUUAGGGUUUAGAGAAUACUUUUGAAAUUUGACAGUGUUUCUAAUAUCAUAUCCUGGAGUCUAGGGAUCUGUUUGGACAGUUCAGAUCAUACCACCUCAAAUCUGGUUUUGAAUUUAUAGAUAUAAAUAUAUGUGAGGGGGAAAAUUCAAGAAAUAACUUAUGGGAGAAAGAGUUUAUUAAAGAAAGAGUUGAGGUUAUAUGAUCUGAACUUUCUGUGCUGAUCUAAGAAGAUCCCAGUGUAAUAAAAUUGAAUUUC